UAUCUCCAACCUCCGCCUCCCUCUUCUCUGCCACUGCUCUUUGGCUCUCCUCAGUUUCCAAACCCUCCAAGAGAGCCACCAUGGGUCGACAGCACCAAACCGCCUCUCUCUCACUCAUCCUGCCUGCCGCCCUGCUCCUCCUCCUCGGGGCCACCAUAACAGAAGCUCGCGUCCUCCGCCGCGUCAAUGACCGCUCCCUCUUCGACGCCACCUCCGAAUGCAAAAAAGCAUCGUACCCCGAUCUCUGCAAUUCCCUCGCUCCCUCAGCGUCGGUCGGGUCCCUGACCGCCGCAUCCAUCGACGUGGCCACGUCCAAAGCCAAGGAGGCAGCAGCCAUUUCCGCCAAGCUUAUGAAAGCCCCUGGCACCGAGAAGCUGAUGAAGUCCACCCUGUGUGUUUGCCGUGAUGCCUUCAGCUCCGUAGCUGACAGUCUCCAGUUGUCAGCCAAGAACCUCAAGGAUGCAGCGCACACUGACCUCAUGGUGAACCUCUCCGCCGCGAUGAGCCUCAAGGCCAACUGCGCUGAUGCGUUCCAGGAUUGGCCGGGUUUGGUGUCACCUGUUGCCGAUAUCAACGACCACCUUUCGAAACUGGUUAGUAAUAGCCUGGACCUGGCUUCUACUUUGAAGAACUGAGGAGAGACAUCCACGUAAAGAGCAACUGGCGAGAUAAUAUAUUGAUCAUAGAAGUGAAGGUGGAGGAUGUUUUUAUUUGGAUUAAAUGAUUUAAAAUGAUCUGUGAAGCUGUGAGGUUUAAGAUUCAUGUCUCGGUUAUAGACCACCUUCUCCUCGUCUUUUUAUUCA